CGAGUUCGAACCCACGACGUCAGCGAGGACAGUGAGAACAGUGAGAACAGCUAAGGCAGGAGCACACUUGAUCCCUGUGGCCGCCGCUCCAACCCCCACCGGUACCGUUCAUCGCUUUUGCUCUUGAUCCUCGCUGGAGCUUUGCCUUAGUUGGUCUUCUCGCAGGGCCAACUCUUGCUUGUUCCCGAACCCUGAGCCACUGCCACCACCUAGACCAACGUGCCCGUGUGGUCGAGAUCAGGCCUUUCCUUGGCCCACACCUAUCCGCUCAAUCAACAUCCCGCCCCUCCUUCCCUCCACCCCUGAGCCGCCCAGAUACUGCACUACACCACCCGUCCGAGCUCUUCGCCCGGCCCGUCUCGAAACACCGGUCCUCGUCGCUUUGGCCUCAAGUCUUCGCCCGCGGAUGCGCAUCUGACAGCCGUCAACGCAUCUCUGCAGUUCCGGCAUUCGUUAUGACAGGUCGUAGAGAUAGUUUGACUCCUCCGAAGAGGACAAACACCAAGGACCCAGGUGCCCAUGGGCUAGAGUCGUCAGAGUCGGAAGACCACUUCUCGGAUGCGCAGUCGGCUCCCGCCGAGUCCAGGGGCUCGCCCCUCCCCAGGCUCCGUGUAGAGAAGGUCAGCGAUGAGCCUUCCUACGGCGAGGUCCCGGGGACCGAGGCGUAUAAGAAACGGGAGGGCGACGCCGAGCCGGACGAGAUUGCUGUAAUCCCCGACACCCCGGCGUAUGAACCCGCGAGUGGGGUGGCUGGAUCACAGUCGCCUACGCCCGGCGGACAGCCGAUUCCGCGGACCGUGGUGGAGGAGACGCCGGACUCGAUUGGGUCCGUCACACACCCAGAGAAGCACCACGGGUCGGAUCCUGAGCCGGACGAAGUGCUGAAGGCUGAGGAGAAGACCAAGGAUGACGGCGACGCUGCGGCCGAUACUCCAAUAGCACCAUCUAUAUCAUCACCUCCAACAGAUCGUGCACCGGAAAAGUCACCGAUAGAAGGGAUGAGCACGACGUCCGACCCGCCGUCUCCAGCCGGGCAUGAAGCACCGGACGAGCGCCCGGAGACCCAAGCUGAUAGUGACGACGCCGAUGAUGACUUUGGGGACGAUUUUGACGAUUUUGAGGAAGGUGGCGGCGGUGAUGAAGACGACUUUAGCGACUUCGACGACGGCUUCCAGGCACCACCACCUGCUCCUGAGCCCGCUACGGCUCCUCCGGCGGCUGUUGCACCGCCGCAACAAUACACGCCCUCCUUUCCCAUACCGGACUUUGAAGGAAUGGACGCCAGUGAGGUCAUGUCCGCCACAGAACCAUACCUCAACGCUAUCUACCCCCCAGACGACGACGAAAUUACAGUGGUCCAUUCGUUCCCCAAAGACAACCCAAUCUUCCAGACCCCGAGGAGCGCUUCCCUCUGGGCACAGCUGGUGGCGCCUCCUCCACUCCAGCCACCCGACUGGAUCCGGUCGCGCAUACGGCGACUCUUUCUCGUAUCCCUCGGCGUGCCCGUGGACCUGGACGAGAUCCUCCCAGCAUCAAAGCAAAAGAAGCUCGUGCUGCCCUCCCUCCACCGGACGGGCAGCAGCGGUUCCCUGCGGACAUCGACUGACGAGCGCUCGGGCGCCUCGAAGCUCAAGCAGUCGGACGCCAACGCGUCGAGCACAAGCGUGGAUUCUCCAGGCGGCGGCGGUGGCGGCGGCUCGGCGAAGCAGCGCAAGGGCGCGGCCGCCGAGCCGACGCUCGACCUGGUCGCCGCCAAGCAGCUGUGCAUGACCACGGACCAGGCGCUGGACGGCAUGACGGACCGGGAGCUCAGGGAGCACGUGAAGAAGCUGGAGGCCAUGGAGACCUCGGCCAAGGAGAUGCUCGAGUACUGGCAGAAGAAGACGGACGAAAAGAUUGGCGACCGGGAAGCGUUUGAGGGCGUGAUAGAGAAUCUCGUCAAACAUGCCAGGAAAGUGAGGAAAUAGGGCAGCCAAAUAAAAGCCUCCUGUUUCGAAGUGCUAGAGGGGUUCAUUACCGGAAGUUUAUCCUGUAGGCAUGGUUUCCUGCUUCGUACAAACACUCUUCGGGCGUCGUGUGUUCCCUAAGUCUUGUGUAUUUCUCCCUGGUGAUCUUGGCCAUAUCGCUAGCUCUUUUCCCCACCGUACUAGGUCCCAAAGAAACCUGAUCCGAGACGUAUGGGUGCCAUCUCCC